GGCAAAAUGAAUGGAGUUUAAGCUAACAGAAAUUCCAUAUUUCAACGACGGGACGUUUUAUUUUCCCAUUCUGCUGAUAUUCCGUGAAUGCAGCAUAUCCGAGGCGUUGUAAUAUUAGAUAAAUGAAAUGAGACGAUUUUGACUUCUGGCAACUUCGCAGCGCUCAGCACAUUCAGACCCUGCUGUCAAACAUUAAAAUAAAACACGGCUGAGCCAUGGCCAGUAUUCAGAUUCGGAAGUAUCGGGAUGACGACGCCGAGGCAGUGAAGGAGAUCUUCACCCUGGGGAUGAGCGAGCACGUGCCUUCGUCUUUCAUGCACCUUCUGAAACAGCCGCUGACCCAAAUGGUGCUCAUGUGCAUGUUCUGCGCUCUCCUGACCAGCUCCAAGUCCUUCCUGCUACCCAUCCUGGCCCUUACCCUCUUCCUGGCCGGGGCUCGGCAGUUUGUCGUCUACAUGUUUAACUGCUACAUCGACACCUCCCUCAAGAAGGACCUCAACAGCAUCAGUGAGACCUACCUGCAGCAGAAGGACUCAUGCUUUUGGGUGGCUGAAAGUGACGGUCGGGUGGUCGGCACCGUGGCUUGCCUCCCUACCGAGAAUGCGCCUGAGUGCUUGGAGCUGAAACGCAUGUCUGUACACCGCAGUCACCGUGGGAAGGGCAUCGCUAAGGCUCUGUGUCAGACAGUAGCUGAUUUUACUCGUGACAGGGGUUAUGCAGCAGUUAUCCUGUACACCUCUGUGGUGCAGACAGACGCUCAGAAGCUGUAUGAGCACAUGGGUUACAGGAAGAUAAGAGAGUUUGUCAUUCCUGAGCUUGCUGCCAAAAUUACAAACUUCACUCUGUUUGAAUACAGACUCGAUUUACAGAGAGAUGGGAAAAGGGACUGAGUGGUCUUAAACUGAGUAACACAAAGACUGUGUAACAUUUCAGGGCGACAGUACCGUCCAUUCGCCCAGUUUCUGUGCUUAUCUUUACCCAGCAUGCAUUGCAGUUAAGGCAACCAAACACUCAGGACAGGUCAGGUGAUAGUAUCCGCUGUUUACUCAACACACUUGCAGUAAAAGGUUAGGCAUGUUUUCUCUUGUUACAAAACACACACAGGUCAGAUUGAUAAUUUAUUACUGUUUUCCCAACAAACCUUUUAAUAGUUGAUAAAAAUAUCUGCUACAUCCAUGACCAUGCUGCUAAAGGGUUUGUGUUGUUUGAGAUUCUUGAAAGUAAUUUGAUUAUUUACUUUUGUAAAGGAUUUCAUGUCUACAUGAUACUGAGAAUAAAUUGAUAGAUCUGAACAUGCUCCUAUAAUUUUCUUUGUAGUACUAUUAGGGAUGCACCAAUCCAAUACACCAGAUUAGUAUCGGCCCUGAUAUUGAUCUUAUUAAGCGGAUCAGGUAUUGGCCAAGACAAUACUGUUUUUUUGGUUUUUUUUUGGUCAAUGUCAUUAUAAAAUUCAGUUUUUCUGUUAUCGGUUAGAUUUGUUAAGUCAUGGCAUGCAGCCAACUCACUCCUUACCUUACAUGAAAACGAUUCCAAUAAAUUUUAUGCAGUGAGGUAUACACAUUUUAAAUUUGGGGAAAAAGAAAGCAGUGGAAUUGGAUCGGCAUCAGUAGAUAACGGGAGAGAGAAAAGUUUGAUUGGUGCAUCCCUAGUACUGUCAAUGUCAUGUUGUCAGUUUACCAAAGCCAUGCCAUGACAUUAUGUUGCAGUAGAAAUUAGGUGGUUGUGAAUCUGUGAACACUAAGGUGCUUUAGAUAAAUUAUAAGUUGUAGGUCUGAUUUUAGGAUUUUAUUAGUCUACUUUAAUAGCUUACUUCACAUUCUUUUCAUGUCAACCAAAAACAUUACCUGAGGGAGCACAUCCUCUGCUGUUCUCAACUAUGAGUUCUUGCUGUCGUUACACUUCAUGCACUUAGAUAUUUACUAAACGAAACUGAGUCCUACCGCUUCCCAUUUUUCAUUUUUCAAUUUCACAAUUGUGAUACUGAAGGCCUAAAAGAGAGUUAGGCCAAACAAGAAGAACAAGUUCCUUCCAGUAAUGGUUUGUGGCCACAGGGCGAGGAUACUGCCGGGAACUGAAUCAGAUAAAGAUGGGUUUGGGCAAUACUGAGGUUCUCCCCUGGGGCUUGUUUUGCAUACACGAUGCUACACUGUUAAUGUCUGUGUUCCAGUCUGAUGCUCACAAGCUGUGAGGUUGUCAGGUUGUUGUUGUAUUUUUCAUAUCAAAUUUGUGACUUAAAUCGGGAUUCAAGGUAAAAUGUGCAUAUUUCCCUUGGCUAUUUCCCCUAUGCCUUCUGCAUUCUCUGUUUUCUUACCCCUUCAUCUUACAUGUUUCUGAUGUUUGUUUGUUUUUUUUAACAUACUAAUAUAUAUAUACAUAUAUAUAUUUUACACACACUAGUACCUGCCUUGCCUAAAUAAAGUUUAAAAACCUCAUCACAUGGCAAAAAAGAAACAUAGCUACUCAGGAAAAGAAGACAUGACAUUUUCAGAGGAAUUCUCCUUAAUGUACUAAAUUAUCUUCUAAUAAAAAUAUAUUAUAUUUAA